AUGGGUCGUGUGAUUCGUGCUCAACGUAAAGGUGCCGGUUCUGUCUUCGUCUCACAUACGAAGAAAAGGAAAGGAGCGCCAAAGCUUCGUUCUCUCGAUUAUGCAGAACGUCAUGGCUAUAUCAAAGGUGUGGUGAAGGAUAUCAUUCACGAUCCCGGCAGAGGCGCACCUUUAGCUGUUGUUCACUUCAGGGACCCUUACAAGUUCAAGACACGUAAGGAACUUUUUAUUGCGCCCGAAGGCCUGUACACUGGUCAAUUCGUAUACUGUGGAAAGAAGGCAACGCUCGAAGUAGGAAAUGUCAUGCCUGUUGGGGCUAUGCCUGAAGGUACCAUUGUAUGCAACUUGGAAGAAAAAAUGGGAGACCGAGGUCGGCUUGCUCGCGCUUCAGGCAACUUUGCCACUGUCAUUGGUCAUAAUCCUGAUGCAAAACGUACAAGGGUCAAACUUCCAUCUGGUGCAAAGAAAGUCUUGCCUUCAAGCAACAGAGGAAUGGUUGGCAUUGUUGCGGGAGGAGGACGUAUUGACAAACCCAUUUUGAAGGCUGGUCGUGCAUACCAUAAAUAUAAGGUCAAGCGUAACUGCUGGCCAUAUGUGCGUGGUGUGAGCAUGAACCCUGUAGAGCAUCCACAUGGUGGUGGUAACCACCAACAUAUUGGUAAGGCUUCCACUGUAAAGAGAGGAACAUCAGCCGGUCGCAAGGUUGGUCUUAUUGCUGCGCGCAGGACUGGAAGAAUUCGUGGUGGCAAGACCGACACAAAGAAAGAGACG